AUGGAUGGAGGGGCACAGUGGGAAGAGUCCAUUAUUCUGGAUUGCUGCGACACACCUCUACAGCCUGAGACCACAGCCCGAGAAACGCCCGCAAGCGUUCGGCGGGGAGGUGGGCCGGGCGGCUACGCUCGCUGUAGAGCUAGCAUCCGAUCACAAGGACACAGUCGGAGUCGCUGGGUUCAGAUCAGUUGGUUAGAAGACCUUUGUGCUCGUCUGUCUUCUGUAACGUGUUCUGUGUUCUGCAGCCAGUCGGCCGGUUCUGCUGCGAUGGAGUCAGUUCUGUCAAAGCCUCGGUUCCACCUGGAUCUCUGGCUGAGCUUCACCGUCCAGAACUGGAUCCUGGAUGUGGGCCGGCCUGUUGUCACGCUCGUCUUCCCAGCAGACUGGUUUCCUCUGAACCGUCCCGGUGCUGCAGAAUACCUCCACCUACUGUACAACAUCACCACACCGCUCAUCCUGCUCAAAAUGCUUGAACGCAGCCCCAGGACACUGCCCCGCCAUGUCGUCCACCUCGGCAUCAUCGCCGUCAUCAUGGGAACCAGCCUCCACCUGGCGGCCGACUCCAUCAUCAGACGGCUGCUGCUGAUUGGCUACGAGCUGCAUCUGUCAGUCAGAGAGAAUCCAGUCAUGAAGAACCUGGAACCCUCCUCCCUGAUCGACUCUUUUGAGCUUCUGUUUUACUUCGACGACACUCUUGGUCAUCUGAUGUGGUAUGUUCCUCUCUUCCUCGUCCUCUUCCUCUUCUUCAGUGGUGGUUUUAGUCACAGGAAACAUCAGGAGAAGAUGCCGGCAGCAGCGUGGAUGCUGCUUAUACCCAGCGCUGCCUACUACUGGUACCUGAUCACUGAGGGACAGACCUUCAUCCUCUUCAUCUUCACCUUUUUCGCCAUGACAGCCACAGUGAUGCACCAGAGGAGGCGCGGCAUGGUUCCCGACGGCAACGGCCUCUUCGUGCUCUACGGUUUCUCUGCAGCUCUGUGUCUGGUGGCGGUCUGGGUGGCCUGUCUGUGGAACGACAGCGUCCUGAGGAAGAAGUACCCCGGGCUGAUCUACGUCCCGCAGCCUCGUGCCGUGUUCACACUCCACCUCGGUCAGAAAACCCCGGCAUAACAGAAUUUCAAAAGACAAGUUUGAAUGACAAAAAGCCAUCACUUUAACAGAAAGAUGAAGAAGCCAAAGUUGCAUAGUCCAUGUCAGGAAAGGGCUUAAUAAACCUUUUAUCACUCAAACA